AUGGCAAUUAAUGGUGGGCAGCCAAUGAAGGUGGUGAUCAUCAACACUAAGUACGUAGAGACGGAUGUUAGGAGCUUUAAGUCCAUCGUACAAGAGCUGACCGGUAAAGAGUCACUCACAAUCGACAAUUCGUCGAAGCCAACAACCCGGUUUUACGACAAGAGAAUGAAUAAGAAACCAAGGACGUCACCUGCAGAGGUCAACCGUUUGGUUCUGAUGAAAAACUUGUCGUUCAAAGAAUUGGAAAAGUUGCUUAAGGAAAUACCGUCAGUUGAUGAUUUUUUGUGGAAUAUCGACGGAAAUAAAGUUCAACAACAUUUCCAGCUACAAUAG